UAAAGCCAAUUAUGUAUAUGAUCCUUGCUCUGGGUAUCGCAGCUGCAAUUUAUAAAGUCAUUUAUUCUUUAGAUAAUGAUAGUAAUCGUUGUGAACUGUUAUAUGGGAUGGGUCCAAUGUUUGAAGCAAUAACAACACGUUGUUGUGUGGACUACGAUAUAGAAGAUGAACCAGAGUAUGGAGUGCAUUAUCCACCAAAUUUCUUUGAAACUUGUCACGCAGAAAAUCAUGUCGAUGUGUUUGACUGCGUAUUCCCCAACUGUUUUGGAAAACUUCUGAAUAUUGUGGACAUUAAUGGAGUUUUCAUCGGGAAAACCGGAUUACGUAAUUAUUUUUCGAAGAUCCCUACUUCCGAUGCGCAGUUGAAAAACAUGUAUUCUGAGUGUGCCCGAAAAAACUUCACAAACUACGGACCGCAUCCUGAAGUUUGUGAUAUGCUCAAAGUAUUUUACUGUAAAAAUUAUGCCCAGUUGAAAUUAUGUCAAACAUUUUAUAAUGAAAAAAGAUGCGAAUUAUAUAAUUCCAUGAGAGGGCACUGUGCAUACUAAUUACAUUUAAGGUAGAUAAAAUAUCUAUAUAAUGAGUCAAUAUUUACAAGAUAAAAACGUACCUAUAAAGAAUUUUCUUUGUUAUUUGUUCUAAAGCCAAUUUUCGGGGAACUCAAGUUCAUUUAAAGGGUCAAUGUAUGCGCUUCUUCAACAAGAUUUCGGUUGAUAUUCAAAUUUUGUAAUUUACGGGGUAUAAAACGACAGGGAGAUAAGAUAUAGUACAGCUUCUGCAUACUUGGAUGACAUAAUUGCCAAGAUCUAUGUGUAAUAUAUGAAAUAAAUACCGU